AUGGAGAGCUCGUCAAUAUCAAAGGGCACGAAGAGCCUAGGCUCAGCUCGCAUAUGUGUUGCUUUGGACAAAUCAGGCAGCACAGCUGGGCACACCCUCAACAUCGAGCGAAAGGCUGUUCAGGAAAUUUACAACCUCCGCGUUCCAAACAACCACAGUUCUUUCCGUCUUAUCCCUUGGAGUGACGACGUCCAAGAUCCCAUCGACCUCCCCAACGAAGUCAGCCUAAAAGGUAUCCAGGGCCGCGGUGGGACCAAUCCGGCAGUCUUAUAUGACCUCAACUCCUGCGUCGAGACUCUAAAAGAUUGUGACGUGUGGUUCCUUCUCACAGACGGCGAGAUUGUCGAUAAUCUGGUUGAAAACUUUGCUUUGCGGACCGCGGAACUCGGCCUCCAUAAUAAGCCAUGCGUUAUCAUUGUCUUUGGUAGCUCGAGCACUGGAUCGCCUGCGAAUGGCAACAUUUCUGUUGGUAUCGCUACGUUCGCUGUCGUUCCCGACUGCCUGUUUUUGUUUCAUGACCUUGAAAGCGAUGUGGUGAGACUGAUGCAGGCAAAAGGUCGCUUCAAAAACCUGGUGUCGGUGAACAAUCACCGCUCUAACCCACUCAUUACAAAAUAUACCACAUGGGCAGAGCUACCAAAAAUCUCGUACUCGGAUCUGUUCUGUCUCCAGAUAGAGACGACCGAUCCUUUGCGGAGAGACGAGAUAGCCUUACCGGGAGGUCUGAUCGUUCAGCUGGACGAAGUACUCAAAGGAAAUGUGGAUGCUGCAACCAUGGAGAAAAUCGUCAAGGAUGAGGAUAAUCUCAAGAGCAUUAUUAUCUCAUCCAUGACGCGAGGCACAGGAAAGACUUUGGAGUCCUGGUUAGCAGCUCAAUUGAAGCCGAUGCCAGAAGUCAAUCGUCAUAGGGAAGACCUUGAUAAUAAAGCUAAAUCUACAUUAAGGCAUCUUGUUGAGGCCCUGAGGACUGGAGUCGGUCACCUUGAAUUGGAAGGCCUCCGAGCGGAUGUGAGAAAAGCACACCACCAAAACUGGAGCAACUUCAGAGACCAGCGCAGAGGGUUUAAUGACAUGCGCAGAGACUAUAGAAGGAUGCAACAGCACGUGCGAAAUGGAAUGGAUAUGUGUUACACCUAUGGGCGAAUGGAUAAUGAGUGGAUGUGUCGAGAUAUGGGCAAGCCUGACUCAGAAGGCGAAGUACUAAUUAUCACGCACGAUGAUUCCAAUCGCUGUGAACCUGUCUUUCUGCCUGGCUUCCACCGUUCCGAGAGGGCCGCCGAAUUCGUUGGCCGCUGCAUGCUCUGUCAUGAGGAGAGAGUUCUCUGCCUGUUGUUCAAAGUCGCGCCGGAUCUCAAGACGGACAAUUUUCCUCCAAUUGAAUCUUUCACAAAGGUUGCAUUCCCUCUUGCAAUGGCAAACUUUGCUGAAACAGAUGUGUUGUCUUUUUUCAUCUGCUGCGACUGGUGCGGAUACUACCUUGAAAGAAGCACAGCUUGUCCAUACACUGAAGAUGAGAUCACAUUCGCCUUGUGCCUUGUGGGAAUGGAGGAAAACCAGAAAACUUGGGUGGAAGCACUGGACACGGUACUAAAAGGAAGAUUCGACAUUUCCGACACGAAAGCCAUCUUUCUAGCGAUUCUCAAUUACAAAACCCUUGACAACAGUUUACGAGAUGCCGACGAGACGGAUCAAGAUCUCUUCCGUGCUUGCGCAGAUUGGGUGACUCGGCACCUCCUGGAAAUCACGGAAGUAUCUGCGGCGCUUAGUCCCAACUUCAGCCAGAAUCCAAACUCUGAUCUCAGAGUCCCUCUGCAAAAUCUCCUGGCCGCUCCAGACUUUGCAGAGCCGGAGCAGCCUCAAAAUGUGGAUCUCCUUCUCAUCAGGUACCCCAUUGCCGGGUUUACCGUUCUGUUACGGCUGCUUCAGCUACGUGGACUCGGAAAGGAACGCAUACAGGCCUUGACAUUCUUUCGUGUUAUGUUCCACGUGAUGGAGCAGCUCUUCAUGAGACGAGCAUCAGGAGGAAUCGAGCUGUUUGUGGAAGAUGUGCUCGGACGUGAGCAGCCACCAGAAGAUCAGGGGCAAACCCAGAGGGUCAUGAACGGCAUCGGUCUUCCAGUCGAACAGCUCAAAGCCCACGAUCUGCUGGACCAAGAGACAUUGGUGAGCCUGGAGGCGAUUCCCGAAUUUUUCGUGAUAAAAGCUGGAGCCGGACCAGCAAUGCAAGUCUUCCUACAUUGUCUUUUCAGACAUAGCAACGUCUCUGCCUCAGCUGUCGCAUGUUUCAACAAAUUGAAGGGCUUGGCACCGAUGCGAACCGUUUUGAAGGCGCCACUUGCCAUCAGUGCCGGCCUCUCGGCAGAUCUGAUCUCGCAAAUCUGA